UCUCGCACAGGCGACAAAAUGUUUCUGGCAUCAAAACUAAUCGGGGGCAUCAUAGACAUCGUGAGCAACAUCGACCCUGCUAAGUUCGUCCCCGCAGACCCGCCUCCUCCUCGCAGACCUCUGAACUUUGCUGAGAGUCAUGAGAGCGAAGAGGAGAAGCAGUUCCGCAGAGUUUUCAAGCAGUUGGCUGGAGACGACAUGGAGGUGAGCCCCAACGAGCUGAUGAACAUCCUCAACAAAAUCAUUUCCAGAAACUCACAACUGAAGACGGACGGUUUCAGCAUCGAGUCCUGCAGGAGCAUGGUCGCCGUUAUGGACAGUGACAGCACCGGGAAACUGGGAUUCCAUGAGUUCAAGUACCUGUGGAACAACAUCAAGAGAUGGCAGGGUAUCUACGUGAAACAUGACAGGGAUCGUUCUGGUGUGAUCAGUGGUCAGGAGCUGCCGAGAGUCUUCGAGGCUGCAGGUUUCCCUCUGAAUGGUCAACUUUUACAGCUGAUCACCCGUCGCUACAGUGAUGAGCAUUCAAACAUGGACUUUGACAAUUUCAUUGGCUGCAUGGUUCGACUGGACGCCAUGUGCAGAGCCUUCAAGACUCUGGACAAAGACAACAGCGGCUCCAUCGACCUGGACGUCAAGGAGUGGCUUCAGCUGACGAUGUAUUCAUGAAGCGACCGGACGAGGGAGAUUAAAACUUCUCUUCUUUCCUCUCAUCCCUCACUUCCUCUCGUUCCGCUCUCUGUGUGUUUAACGGUGUGUGGCAGCGUUUGAAAACCCCCAUUGUCUCCAUGGUAACAGGACCAAAAUGCCAGCGCACAGCUAACGUCGAAGCAGAAAUCAAACUCGGGACCAAAGUCUUACUGAUGCUGCUGUUGCAUUGCCCCUCUGCUGCCAGGAGGUGGUGCUAUAAAUUCUGAAUUUUUUUUUUUAUUAGGCUGAAACUGACUCUGAACAGAAUAAAAUUAUAGAAGUGACAAACAC